AUGGCGCGCGCGGGCCGGCCGGCCGGCCGGCCGGGAGCGCUGACAACUGGGGGGCCCCCCGGUCCUUCUGGCCUCGUCGCGCGUAACCAAAGGCCCGGACUAGCGCGCGCGCAAGAAGGAGCCGCUCGAGAGCAGCAGCCGGCCGGGGCGGUCCCGCAGCUCCAAACCCGCGCUCGAACGGCGCGCAAGCGAGGCGUGGGAGAGCUCGGGCUUUGCGCGCGGAAGCACGUGACCCGCCGGCCGCGGCGCUAUAAAGGCUCCUGGCGCGCUCGGCAGCGGCUCAGUGCUUUCGCGGCAGCCUCGGCGGCGGAGGAGGAAGAGGACGACGAGGCGCUCUCCGACGUGGAGGACGCGGACAUCGACGUGGUGGGCCCCCCGCACGAGCACGGCCAGGCCAAGUUCAGCGAGGAAGAGGAGGACGAGGACGACGGAGGCGGCGGCGGCGGCAAGAACCCGCUGGUGAAGCCGCCCUACUCGUACAUCGCCCUCAUCACGAUGGCCAUCCUGCAGAGCCCCAAGAAGCGGCUGACCCUCAGCGAGAUCUGCGAGUUCAUCAGCGGCCGCUUCCCUUACUACCGGGAGAAGUUCCCCGCCUGGCAGAACUCCAUCCGCCACAACCUGUCGCUCAACGACUGCUUCGUCAAGAUCCCCCGCGAGCCGGGCAACCCGGGCAAGGGCAACUACUGGACUUUGGACCCGGAGUCGGCCGAUAUGUUCGACAACGGCAGCUUCCUCCGUCGGAGGAAGCGCUUCAAGCGGCAGCAGCAGCAGCUCCACCCGCAGCCCCCGGAGCUCCUCCUGCGAGCGGCCGCCGACUCGGCCGCUUUCCUCCCGGGCUUUGCCUACGGACCUUAUGGCUACAACUACGGGCUCCAGCUGCAGAGUUUCCACCACCAUCACCACCACCACCACCACCCUGCCGCCGGAGGAGGCGGCGGGGCGGCGGCGGGGCCCUUCCCCUUCCAGCCCUCACCUUGUGCCCUGCCUGCCUCGGCGGGUCCCGGCGCUUCGGCGGCCGCCCCGUCGGUCUUCUCCAGCGGCCUUUCCUCUUUCCUCGGUGGCGAUCUGAGUUGUAGGAAAGCCUUCUACCCCGCCGGGCAGCUUAGUCCCACCGCCUCUCUCCUGCAGACUCUCAAGACGGACCAGGGAGCCGGCAACAGGCCUUCCUUUUCCAUAGACAAUAUCAUCGGCGGCGGUGCGGCCCCUCCGCAGUCGAGCAGCUCCACCACCAGCGCGCCAACUUCGCCCUUCCCGGCGAGCCACGCCGGUAGCCAAGCGCAGGUCCUGGCGAUGCUCUCUCCGGCUCUGACUCCCUUACCGAACCAUUUGAAUCUGGCCCACGAAUCCCUUCUACAGUCAGGACCGAACUUCUCCAGUAAACUCACAAACCUCAACAGCUGUCCCUUUUAAAACACACACACACACACACACACGCAACCAGCCUCAAUGCCCUCGACCCCAACCAACUGCCCCCUAUCUGUCUUGUCUCCCCUACUCCACUCCCACAAUUGCCCUCCUAUUGUGUUUUAAAAGGUAGGAACUCUUGUUUUUUUUUUAUUUUUACUUUUUCUUUGGCGUCUGGAUCGAUAUUGCGUGUUCGUUUCUCUCCUUGCCUUUUCAGGAUCGGUGUUUUAAAAGCAGGAUGGGGCGGGGGAGAGAGACGCAGGGAUCUAAGAGAUCAGAUUUAUUUCAGAUUAGCCUUUCCUGUCAAAUGAACUUUCGUGACUUGUAAAAAAAUAAAAUAAAAUAACAGGGAAUAGUUGAAUUAAGGCUGUGAUGCUAAACCGCCGGCAUGAGGCAUGAAAACCGUUCUAGCCGGAUUUAGUGAUAGUUACCUCCGAGUCAAAAUAAAAGUGACUGGAGGUGACAAAACGACAAUCUGUAAUUCUCCAAACACUUGUUUUGAAAGGCGACUCACACCCAAAUCAGUGUGCAGGACUGGAGCCUUAAAUCCUUGAUUUAAGUGGAUGGUGAAUCUGAAAUAUUGCACUAGUAACUUCUCUCUUAAAUUCUGUCCCUGUAGGAUUCCUUAUACAGUAUCUCUACCUUGCUGUUGUUUCAAAACACUUGUUUAAGGAAAGUUUCCCUCGAAUGUUUCAAUAUUAUGAAUCACAACCUCCUAAAGUGAGGGAUCAUUUGGCAACAGCGAGAUUUCAAACCCAAUUACCAAAAAAAGUCCUGCGGUAUCAGGAAGUUUUCUGUUACCUCCUCAGCCAUCUUCUCUCCACCCCUCUAGUGUGUGUGUUUUCUUGUGCACCUGGGUUUAUUUGUGUGUAUAUAUUGUCCACCAGAACUUACUUGACUCUUCCCACUAGCUGUGCAUCCUUCCUAUUUUAUUGAAAGAUUUGUGAAUACUUUGAUGUGGAAAAGGCGUCGUAUUUUUUUUGUCCACCUUUGGUGUAAAUUAAUAAAUGUUUGU